CGUAGCACGCUCCAGCUCAUCUCGGUUCUCUCAGGAGGACUGAACCACUGAGGGCGUGGCAGGGUGGAGGGGUGGGGGGUCGUGCUAGCAGGGAGGAGCGCUGCAGUGAAACUGGGAAAGGCUGGCAUCUUCCUCCCUCAGUCCUGCCUCAGCGUGGGAUGCUCUCUGCAAAGUCCACGGCAGAUUUUUCAUUUCCUGAAAACAACACCACCAAAAAAACCCCAAAACAAACGGAUAUACUUCAAGAUUAUUUGUCCUGGGUCAAACUAAUGAAGACUCCAGAUUGGAUUUUUGAUUUUCCUCCCACAAUACAUGACUGCAGCGACUUUGACUUUCUACUUUCAACCAAAUAAUAAAACAAGCAAAUGAUGAGAGAUCUCUAUAGGAUUUAGUUUUUGGUCACCAAACAGUGCAAACAAGUGUUAUAACACACGUCCAUUGUGUUAUCUUUCUGCUAGAAGAGACAGGAAACUCGCCUUUUAGUUCCCCCAUUAUUAAAUGCUGAUAUAGCUGAAAUGGCGGACCAUUACCAGAACAACGUGUACCACCAGGGAGGCGGGGACAGCUAUGGGACUUACGGAGAAGGCGGCGGUCCUGACGGCUACGGCUACCAGGCGGAUUAUCCUCCUCAGGAAGAGGACGCAGCGAGCGACGUGACGGAGGGACACGACGAUGAAGAUCAGAUGUACGAAGGAGAAUACCAGGGGAUUCCACAUCCUGAUGAGGUGAAGGCCGCACAGAGAGCCGCACGGGAGAAGUCCAGAGAAGGCGGCAGCGCUGCGUCUGAGCUAGAGGAGUUAUCGGAGCAGUAUGAGGACAUCAUGCAGGACUGCGGCCACGGGAAGUUCCAGUGGAUGCUCUUCAUGGUGCUGGGUCUGGCUCUCAUGGCCGACGGAGUCGAAUGCUACGUGGUGGCGUUCGCUCUGCCGUCAGCCGAGAAGGACCUUUGUCUGUCCAAUGCGGAGAAAGGGAUGCUGGGUCUGGUGGUCUUUCUGAGCAUGAUGGUCGGCGCGUUCCUCUGGGGCGGUCUGGCUGACAAAACGGGCCGUCGGCGCUGCCUGAUUUUAGCUUUGGGCAUAAACUGCAUCUUUGCCUUCCUGUCAUCGUUUGCUGGCAGCUACGGCUUCUUCCUCUUCUUCAGGCUGCUGUCUGGCAUUGGCAUCGGCGGCACGGUGCCCAUCGUCUACUCGUACUUCUCCGAGUUCCUGCAGAUGGAUAAGAGAGGGGAGCAUCUGUCCUGGCUGUGCAUGUUCUGGAUGUUCGGUGGGAUUUACGCCUCAUUCACCGCCUGGGGAGUCAUCCCGAGAUACGGUUGGGGGUUCAGUAUGGGCACAGAGCUCCAGUUCCACAGCUGGCGGGUCUUCGUCAUCAUUGCAGCUCUUCCGGCCGUCACGUCUCUGGUUGGACUCACCUUCAUGCCGGAGAGUCCCCGCUUCCUGCUGGAGCAUGCCAAACACGACGAGGCGUGGAUGAUCCUGAAGCAGGUUCAUGACACCAACUGGAGAGCCAAAGGGAAACCGGAAAAAGUCUUCACUGUGACUCACAUUAAGGCGCCCAAGAUGGCCGAAGACGAACUCAUUGAGAUCCAGAGCGGCACUGGAACGCCGGUGCAGCGCUGGGCCGUUCGCUCGCUUACACUGUGCAAACUGGUGCUGAGGAACAUGGCGUCCCUGCUGUCUGCAGAGCUGCGGUUUGCCACUCUCUUCAUGGCCACCAUCUGGUUCUGCAUGGCCUUCAGUUAUUACGGCCUGUCUGUGUGGUUCCCCGACAUGAUCAAACACCUGCAGUACGAGGAGUAUGAGACCAAGGUGAAGACGUUCCACAGAGAACGAGUGGUGGACGUCAGAUUCGACUUUCCCUUGAAGAACCAGAUCCACAAAGAGGGAGAAUACAAACGGGACACGUUCAUCGGCAUCGAGAUGAAAUCAGUGAGGUUCGAAGACUCCCUGUUCGAUAACUGCACCUUUGAGGACAUCCGGUCCACGAACACGGUGUUCGAGAACUGCACCAUCCUCUCCACCGUCUUCUACAACACAGACCUGUGGGAGGAGAAGUUCAUCGACUGCCGGAUGGAGAACACCACUUUCGAGCACAACAAACAUGGCUGCCACCUGGAUUCAGUGGAGGAGAACGACGUGUUAAUCUACCUGGUCAGCUUCCUGGGCAGCCUGGCCGUGCUGCCGGGCAACAUCAUCUCUGCGCUGUUCGUGGAGAAGAUCGGCCGGGUCAAGAUCAUAGGUGGCUCCAUGCUCAUUUCUGCCGGAUGCUCCUUCUUCCUGUUCCUGAGCUUCAGCCAAUCAGCAAUCAUCGCCUUGCAGUGCAUGUUCUGCGCCGUCAGCGCCGCUGCGUGGAACGGGAUCGAGGUGGUGACCGUGGAGCUCUACCCGACUUCGAAAAGGGCGACGGCGUUCGGCGUGCUGAACGCGCUCUGUAAGCUGGCCGCCAUCCUCGGCAGCUCCAUCUUCGCCAGCUUCGUGGGGAUCACCAAGGCCAUCCCCAUCCUCCUGUCCUUCGCCGCCCUGGUGUGCGGCGGCCUGGUGGCCCUCAAGCUGCCCGACACGAGGCAGAAAAUCCUGCAGUGAUUUCCGCCGCGGCGUCCGGAGGCAGGAGAGGCAAAUCUGCUUCACGUCGGAAGCUGUCGGACUUCAUGUUGCUCUCUGCAGAAGGCGAGAACAGAAACACCUCAGCUGUUCAGGUCCAACACCAAGCGCUCGUUUCUUCAUGUGAACCACAUCCAUCUGUACAGAGUGGAGGAAGGAGGAGUUUUUUGUUUUCAGCUCAGUCCAUCACCAGGCGGUGGAGCUACUGAUGACUGAUCAUGACUCGAUCCAUCCUCUACUUCCUGUCUGUCAGCAGCAGCUCCAUGCAUGAGGAGGAACUUCGCCUUCCAGCAGUUUCACAAACUUCCUGUUUGUAUGAAGGAUGCUUAAGUUUUCAACCCCUGAAGUUCAAAAGCUGCAGUUUCUAAAAUCUAAUUUACUCUAAAAUCUGCCAACAGAGUAACUGUAAAAUACUCCAGAAAUUGCAGAAAUAUUUGAAAUUAAUUUCCAAAAUUUUCUAG